UCACGGUCACAAGCCACCGCUGGCAUCCUGGCUUGAUGUGAGCGACCUGCAGGAAGAAGGCAAGAGCGCCAUCAACGCCCCGAUGUCCCCGGCUGCGGUGGACGUCCACCCGGAAGACACCCAGCUUGAGGAGAAUGAGGAGCGCACCAUGAUCGACCCUGUGUCUCGUGAGGACCCCAAGUUCAAGGAGCUGGUCAAGACCCUGCUGGACUGGAUCAAUGACGUGCUGGCGGAGGAGAGGAUCAUCGUGAAGCAGCUGGAGGAGGACCUGUAUGACGGGCAGGUGCUCCAGAAGCUCCUGGAAAAGCUGGCAGAUUGCAAGCUGAACGUGGCCGAGGUGACCCAGUCCGAGAUAGGACAGAAGCAGAAGCUACAGACGGUUCUGGAAGCCGUGCAGGACCUGCUGCGGCCCCACGGCUGGGCCCUGCGCUGGAGCGUGGACUCCGUCCACGGGAAGAACCUGGUGUCCAUCCUGCACCUGCUGGUGGCCCUGGCCAUGCACUUCCGGGCACCAAUCCGCCUCCCGGAGAGAGUGGCAGUGCAGGUGGUGGUGGUGCGGAAGCGGGAAGGCCUCCUGCAUUCCAGCCACGUCUCAGAGGAGCUGACCACAACCACAGAGAUGAUGACGGGCAGGUUUGAGCGGGACGCCUUCGACACGCUUUUUGACCACGCCCCGGACAAGCUGAACCUCGUGAAGAAGUUCGCAGAUGGCGUCUACCUGGUCCUGCUCAUGGGGCUGCUGGAAGAUUACUUUGUCCCCCUGCACAACUUCUACCUGACUCCGGACAGCUUCGACCAGAAGGCACUCAAAGCUUUUGACUUUAGCUCUGGGGAGCUGACAGGUGUCUGUGCCAGCGAACUGCCGCCUGGCACUGAUGUGGUGAACCUGGACCUCAAGUCCACCCUGAGGGUUCUUUACAACCUGUUCACCAAGUACAAGGACAUGGAGUGACCAGCAGCGGAGCUGUCCACAGCGCUGGCCCUCCUGACA